AGUAGUUGCUGCUUCUUUCGCUCUGGACGCUGAAGUGGAGAGUCGUGUGUGAGAUUAGUGGAGAGUUUAAACUCGGUCUUAUUAUUAUGGAUCUGCUGUUAUAGACAACAACCUGAUAUGAACUGAUUUAAAAUGUGGACAUAUUUCACCACCAGCAGCGAUAUGACUGUAUGAAGAACAGCACAGGAUUGUAUUAGUGUGAAUCUGUAGGAGGAGAUAAAGAGAUAAAAAUGGCGGCUGCAAGAAACAAUGAGUUUAAACUCUUUGGACCCCGUGAUGGAAAGUUUCAGUCUGGCUCUGCUCUCACUCUCUCCUGUCACCUGUCUCCUGAAAUCAGUGCUGUUGCCAUGGAGAUCAGGUGGUUUAAGGAGACAGACUGUGUUUGUCUCUAUAAGAACAGGCAGGUGACAGAGGGGAGGGGCUACGAGGGCAGAGUGAGUCUGUUCACUCAGGAGCUGCAGAGAGGAAACGUCUCCUUACAGAUCAGAGACUGUAGAUGGUCAGAUAGAGGAGUUUAUCUGUGUCAGGUCAUCAUUGGAGACACAACAGAGGAGUGUACAGAAAGAGUGUGGGACGCACUGUUGUGCGGUUCAGGGACAGAAGCACAGAGAGAGUCUCGAGUUGGGGACGUCUUUGUUCGUCAGAUGAACAGAAAAUGGACAGAAGAGGAGAGACUGAAAAUGGAGGAAUCUGCUCUGCUGACCGAAUUAAAAGAGGAGAGUCUUUCUGUACUGAAGAACUUAAUGAGCUUAACUGAAGAAAAAAAAGCAGAGGAGGAAAAGCUGAAGAGAGCCGAGACUGAACUGGAGAACACAGCCAAACAAACACACAGUAAAGAAGAAGAACUAAGAGAGAGAGAGACCAUCAGAGAUAUCAGUCUGGAGAUCAGAGAGAUGCAGGAAAGAAGAUUGAGAGAAAGAGUGGAGAUGAGACAAAGAGAGGAAGAGGAGAUCAGAGGAAAGAUGAGAGCUGUUGUGGAUGAUUUGAGGAGCUCAGAGGAAGCAGUUAAAAAGAUAAAGGAGAGAAUAAAACAGCAUGAAAAACAAAAACAUAAAUUUGAGGAAAAGUUAUCAGAGGAGAGAAAUGAGGAGAAGAGGAGAGAGCUGGAGAGAGAAGUGAAGAGAGAGGAUGAGCAGAUGAAGGAGGCUGAAGAGGAGCUGAACAGGAUGCAGAAGGAGAGCAUGAUGAUGGUGGUGAAGAAGCUCAGACUGGAGAUGGAGAUCAGAGAGAAGAAUGCAGUAAAAGCAGAUACACACUUCAUAAAGUCCAUCCUGCCUGAGUUCCAGCAGAGUGUUCAGACUCUUAUGAGCAAGAAGCAGAAAGAGUUUGAUAAAGAGGUGAAUGAAAAAGAUAGAGAGAUAGAAAGACUGAAACUAAACCUCUCAGAGAUGGAGAAAGAAAAAGAAAAGCAACUAGAAGAGAGAAAAAAGACUUUAGAAGAGAAAAACAAACAACUUGAACAAAAAGACACUGAAUUAGAAAAACAUACAAAAACAAUAGAGAACAAAAAUAAAACAAUAGAUGAGAAAAAUGAAUGGCUGAGAGAGAAGGAGACUCUACUGGAGAUCACAGUGAAAGAGGUGGAAAGCAGUAAAAAGCAGCUGGAGACUCUGAGAAAGGAGCUGCAGGACAAGAGCAGCAAACUACAGGAGAUGAUGAUCCUACUGGAACAACAGAAAACUGAACUCACCCGUCAGCAGAAAGAGUUAGAAGAGAAAGAACAACAACUUAAACACACAGCACAACAGAAUUCUGACCUACAGACUGAAACUGAAACACUGAUAGCUGAUUUAACAGAAAAGACCAAACAGCUUGAAGAAACAAAAAACAUUUUAACUGAGAGAAACAAACAACUGAUGGAGAGAGUAAAAAAAGUUGAGGAGAAAGACAGACUUCUGACAGAAAAUACAACAACACUUCAGAUGAAGGAGAAGAUUUUAGAAGAGAAAGACAAACUUCUCACAGAGACACAAGAUGAACUGAGACAAACAACAAAGACAUUAGAGAAUCAUAGAAAACAAGUGGAAGGAAUGGAGAAAAGACUUGUGGAGAAAGAAGAAGAGUUAAAAGAGACAAAACAAGAACUGAAAGAUAAAAACAUGAUUAUAAAAGAACAUUUAGAGACUGUUGAUAAGAGAGAUUCAUUAUUAAAGGAAACUAAUGAAAGAUUAGAAAGUGUUAAUAAACAGCUUAAAGAUAAAGACUCACAACUGGAGAAUCAGAUCAAACUGCUGAGAGAGAAAGAGACUCUACUGGAGAUCACAGUGAAACAGCUUGAAGAGAAGGAGAGACUUCUAAGUGAGAGAAACACACAGCUAAUGGAAAGAGACAAGCAGGUUGAGGAGAAAGACAGACUUCUAGAGGAGAGAAACAAGCAGCUGCAGGAGAGAACAGAUCCAGACUCAGCAGCUCCAGCCAGGAGGAGACACAGCAAAGAUUGGAAUCCUCCACUCUUCAGUGAAGAGACUCCAGAAUCUACAGCACCACUCAGGAGAAGAAACAGUAAAGAAGGACUUCCCCCAUAUAUGAGUGGAGAAUCCUGUAGUUCAGCCUCUCCAGAGUCAGUUCCUGUGUCAGCGCUCAGGCUGGUGCUGCUGGGGAGGACUGGAUGUGGGAAGAGAACAGCAGGAAACACCAUCCUGGGCAGAGAGGAGAGGAGCCAGGCUGGAGCAUCUACAGUGAGGCAGCAGAGUGAGAGCAGACAGGGGGAGGUGGCUGGGAGGCAGGUGACUGUGGUGGACACUCCUGACUGGUUCUGUCCUGGACUCUCUCUGGAGGAGCUGAGACAGGACGUGGGACUCUGUGUCCAUCUGUCUGCCCCAGGACCCCACGCCUUCCUCCUAGUCAUACCAGUGAAGCAGUCUACAGGAGAGGAGAGAGGCAUGCUGGAGAAAAUGGAGGAGAUUUUUGGAGAGAGAUGUUGGAGGAACACCAUGAUCCUUUUCACUGUUACUGAUGAAGUCCAAGAGAAGAACAUUGAAGAGUUUAUCCAGUCAGGAAACCAGGAGGUGCAGAGACUUGUAGAGAAAUGUGGGAACAGGUUUCACUGUCUCAGCAUUAAGGAGAGUGGAGAUGGUUCUCAAACCUCAGAGCUGCUGGAGAAGAUAGAGAAGAUGGUGGAAGGAAACAGAGAGAAAUUCUACAGCAGUGAGAUCUACCUGGAGACAGAAUCUCAGAUCAGAGAAAUAGAGAGAAGAAUUAUGAGAGAAAGAAAGGAGAUAAGAGAGAGACAAGAAAGAGAAACUAGAGAGAAAUUGGAGAGAUGUGUACAAGAGAUUACAAUGAAGUUUGAGGAAUUUAAAUCUAAAUGUGAUGAACAAAUAAAUCAGCAUGAAGAGCGAAUAACUAAACUAGAGAGGGAGUUAAAAGAGGAAAGAGACGAGAAGAGAAAGGUAGAGCUGAAGAGAGAGCUGGAGAAAGAGAUUCAGCGAAGAAAUGAAGUUCAGUUGGAGCUGGAGAGACUGAAAGAAGAGACUGAAAAGGAGAGGAGAGAGAUGGAGGAGAGACACAGACAGGAGAUGGAGGAGAUCAGGGAGACGUAUGAAAGAGAGGCUAAGAUGGAGACAGAGAGGAACCUCAUGAAGAUCAUCCUGCCUGAACUCCAGCAGAGAAUCUGGGAACUCAUGACAAAGAAACAGAAAGAAUUUGAUCAUCAAAUGGAGGAGAAGGAGCGAGAGUUAGAAACACUGAGAGAGAAAUCGAAACAGAAACGGAAACGAAGACGGAGAGGGAAACACAGUAGGAGGAGAUGAUCAUCAGGAGGACGCCAGAGGACAAUUUAGCAAGUUAACACAGCAACUCUUUUGCGGUACACUCAG